UUCGAAUCUCUGAAUUUGAUACGAUAUAAAAUUUCUGGCCAUCUCACACCUAGAUGCUCGUUUCCUCUUAAUCUCCUCGUGGCCUUGGAAGUGAAGCACGGUUCUUCCUUCCAACGGAGAGGAGGAGCCUCCAUUAAUCUCUUCGCUCCACCGUUACGCCGCUGCCAUGGACUUUAACCUCCCCCGUGGCUCUCCUUGCUCCUCCACUUCCUCCUCCGACCACCACCACCCUAACUCUUCCACCCCUCACCACCAAAAUGGACAUCUCUACUCCUCCCCCUCUCCCACCUCCGACUCCAUGCACUCAUGGUGGGAAACCAUUUCCAAAGCCCGUUCCCGCAUCCACAUCCUAUCAUCUCUCCUCCCCACUGAUGAAGAGUCUUCUCUCUCCCUCUCAUCUCUCGCUGACACCGAUCGCCCUGCCCGCUCCCUCCUCCUCUCAUCUGCCGCCUACUUCUCCUUUUCUGCCGCCCUUUCCUCCCCUUCCUCCGGCUCCGGCGCUGACCCCCUCUGCCAGUGGCUAUAUGAUACUUUCCUUUCUUCCGAUCCAGACCUCCGUCUUGUCGUUCUCUCCUUUCUCCCCCUUCUUACGUCCCUAUACCUUCACCGCAUUCACCAUCCCUCCUCUUCAACCGCCGUAUCUCUGGCCGGUUUUGAAGCUGUGCUCUUGGCCCUCUAUUCCUCCGAAACCAAAUCACGAAAUGGCAAACCUGUAACUAUUUCAAUCCCGGAUCUCUCUCAACCUUCACUCUAUCACCCCCCUCGGAAUCCCGUUAAAUCGAACCCUAAUUCCGCCAAUUCUCAGGUUAAGCCUUUGGUUGGGGUUUUAUCGCCGCCUUUAGAACCACAGAUCGCAGUGAAAUCAACUAAACGUGCCUGCAUUGUUGGGGUUGCUCUGGAUUGUUAUUAUAAGCAGAUCUCGCAGAUGCCCAUUUGGUCAAAGCUUGAUUUUUGUAAAUUCACAGCUGAAUGGGCCGGUCAGGAUUGCCCAUGUACGUCAGAUUUUGACAAAAAACCUGAAAAUGUUGUGGAAAAUAAUCACGGGUUUGAGAACAAUGAUGGGUUUGAGAAAGAUCAGAGGGUCAAUUUCAAUGAGAUUGAAAACGUGGUGGCAAGGGUUACGGAUUUGGAUAUUGAGGAUGAUAAUUGCAAGGAUGCAAGGCCGGAUGGUAGAAUUCCGCUUCCCUGGGAGUUGCUGCAGCCAGUUUUGAGAAUUUUGGGCCACUGUUUGUUGGGUCCUCUGAAUGUAAUGGAGAUGAAGGAUGCAGCAUCAGUGGCAUUGCGGCAUCUGUAUGCUAGAGCUUCACAUGAUCUGGUUCCGCAGGCAAUUUUGGCUACCAGGAGUUUAAUUCAGCUGGACAAUAGGGAGCGUGAUGCAGUGAAGGCCGCAGCAGCAUCAGCAUCAGCAUCAGCAACAGCCAGUGCCCCUGGGUCCAAUGCAAAUACACCAAGUAAGGCUAAGAAGCCUGAGAUCCUUUUGGUUUCCAAGUGAUUAUAAUAGUAGAAGGCAUCUUUUAAACCUGUCAUCGACUUUGAUUUUUGUGAAAAUGUAUGUUUUUUCUAUUUACCUUAGUUUUUAAAUGCUCAUUUGAGUGUAUCAUAUGUAUUUAUUACCAUGAGUAUGUUAGAUUGAAGUGAUAGAUGUUACAAUUCCCAGGAGUAAAAACCUGUGUAAGAUUAUAAUUUUCAAUUUCGAAUUUCCUUGUCUUGUCAAUGCUUUUAGUAGAUGCUAAUUUGUUGUUAA